GCGUAUAUUUACCUCAAGAGUUUUAAGUAGACGAAAAAACAUGGAAAGAAACAAGAGUGACUUAGAUUAUGAAGGAGGAACAGAAGGUGAUAGUCCUCCAGGACUGCAGGACACACACAGUCUAGACUCUACCUCCUCAGAUGGCGUGGCCCUUAGAUCACGAACUUCUGUGAGACAACAAUUGCAACAUUUUCUUCGUUCGACUCGAUGUCAGGUGCUUGUUGUUGCUCUGGUGGUGGUGGAUACAAUGCUGGUCAUCACAGAACUAUUGCUGGACCUGGAAAUGAAUGGUACUCCAUCAUCUGUACCCUUCAUUCUGCACACACUCUCCCUCAGUGUUUUGGCACUUUUCAUUGUGGAAAUAGGACUGAAGAUAUAUGCAUAUCAGUUUGAUUUCUUCACACAUAAGGGAGACGUAUUUGAUGCCAUUGUAGUCAUUGUUGCCUUGUGCCUCGAUGGCGUUUAUCUUCAUUCCCAUGAUGCCCACACUGGAGUCGGCCUCAUCAUAGUUCUACGGCUGUGGAGAGUUGUUCGAAUACAGAAUGCAAUGGUGUUACAAGUGCAGAGAGCAGGUGAAAAGAGGCUGCUGGAGGAGCAACAGAACAGGUAUAUGGCUGAGCAGGAAGUUUCCAAGUACCGAACAUACAGCUAUGCUCAGGACGUCUACAUCAAAACUCUCCAAGAUCUUCUGAGAAGGAAUGGAAUCUCUUAUCAAGAAGAAUGCAGAAACCUUCCAGACAUCAACAGAUUCAAAGUUGUGGCUGAGGUGAAUACACAGUAAAACAACAUCUAGAAAAUGAAAUUACUUACAAACAAGCCACCAAACUUUGCAAGAUUGAUUUUGUACAGUACAUGUAUUGUACACAGUACUGUAGUGUACUGGGUCUAAGAAUACAGCAUAUUUAUAUAUACUGUACUGUAAUGAAACUACACAUCAUGCAGUCUUAUCUCAGGAACCUUUUGAUCAGUGUUCAUUAUAAUUGGCAGCACAUUAUUACUACACUGAGACAUACUGUAUUGUUAAAGAUUGUGAGUGUACUAAAUCCAUUUCUCCUGCAGUGAUAUCCCCAUUAGCCUGAAUAAUUGGUGCAUAACUCUUUCAGGGAUUAGAGAUUUCCAGGAUACGAGACUACUCUCUCAAAUCCGGAAAAAUCCCACAUCCCUGGAAUUUUUCCAGGUACAGUACGUACUGGGAAAAGUUUCUCGGAAUUAUCCAGAAAUUCCACAUUACUGUAUUUCAUCUGCGCAAUUUGCUCCCAGACCCGGAUUUAUUUUAUUUUAUUUUAUUUUAUUUUAUUUUUUCCAAAAUUAGGCAUUACAGUAUUUCAUACACUGAAUUUGCUCCCAGACCCAGAAAAAAAUUGGAGAGAGUUUCCAGAAUUUCACAGAAUUUUCAGAGAUUUUCUGGAAUUUUCUAAGAAAUUGUGCCUGAUUUUCAACCUCUGAAACUCAUUCACAAACCUGAAAUUGAAAGAAUUUUUCCUGAAAAAAAUUCCGAGCCAAUUUCAAUUCAGGGUAUUGGAGAGUUCCGGCUAACUGGGAUAUCUGCUAACGGAGAUAUUACUUAUUUGUAAAACAUGCAAACUUGUUAAAUUUCUUGUGUUGUGAACAGUGUCUGCAUGUGAGCAUUUUGAUAUAAAAUGCACUAUUUUGCACAUAAGUUCAUUACAUGUACACCAUACAAAUGUUUGUGUACUGAUGUUAUGUAAAUAGGUAAAUUUUACAAGCCUUCUGUGAAGGAUAUUGCUUGUUAGAACAUAUUUUUUUCACAGUUUAAGAAGUGCAUUUUUAAUGUACAGUAAGAUCUCAUGUUUCGCGCGAUUAAUUUCACGUUUUUGAAUUUCGCGAGCACUACCUAAUGUAACCAAGUCUUAUAUUUGGCAUAAAAUAUCGUGAAUUUCGCGAGAUCCAGCCAGCUGAACGCGAGAUUCAGCAAGCUGAAUGCUGGCCACCGUCUUGAA